AUGAAUAAAAUAACUCAUUGUAUUUUUGAUAUGGAUGGACUUUUGUUGGAUACCGAAAAUGUAUACACAGAAGUCACAGCGGAAAUUUUAUCAAGAUUCGGUAAAACUUAUGGAUGGGAAUUAAAAUCGAAAUUAAUGGGUCUUCGACAACAAGAAGCUGCUGAUCUUUUGAUUAAGGAAACUGGAAUUUCAAUGACAAGUGAUGAAUAUCUUGAAGAAAGAAAUUUAAAACAUGAAGAAAGAUUCCCCUCGGUUAAGCCAUUACCGGGCGUGAUGAAUCUCGUAAAACAUUUAAAGGAACACAACAUACCAAUGGCCGUAGCAACAAGUUCUCAUCGAGAUGUAUUUGAAAUCAAAACAAAAAACAAUCAAGAGCUAUUUAAAUUAUUUGAUGGUAUUGUUUGUGGUGAUGAUCCAGAAGUAACCCGUGGUAAACCUUUUCCUGAUCUUUUCUUAGCAGCUCGAAAAAAAUUGGGUGAUCCCCCACCAGAGCAAUGUUUAGUCUUUGAAGAUGCUAUAAACGGUGUUCAAGCUGCUAAAAAUGCUGGCAUGCCUGUAAUUUGGAUACCCGAUCCUGGUUUGGCUGCUUUACAUCCUGGUGUAAAUGAUGCUACUGAAAUGUUACUUUCUAUGGAAUUAUUUGAUCCUGCAAAAUAUGGUUUACCUCCUUAUAGUAUAAAUUAA